AUAAGCUUACAGCCUCUUGCAGCGCCAAAACUCGCGACGCUUCAAUCAGAUUCUAUCAAAAACCUUUUAACAUGUCCAAAAUCAGCCUUAGUCCCCGAGAAUCUGGCGCUUAUAUAGUCGAGAAUGCCAAGCACGUGCGGGUCCUGCCCGCGGGCAUUGAAAAACUGUCCCAGGAAAUCCUGAAAGCUCUAAAAGAAAAGCGUCUCAGCGUGGAAAACUUCUCGCAACACGAAUUGCAUCCUAAUCCGGACCCAAAUCAGGCGGAGGAGUAUACCAAGGCUGCCGACUGGGUUUUUGUGCUGGACACCUUGAACUUUUGCUUCUGGACGCCCAAUAACUACACCAAAUACAAGGUCGAUGGCUACACCGGGUACUUCGCGCUGUGUGCGGCCGUUAAGAGAGCCAUUAAGGAGGGCGUGGACAUCAUCAAUCCCAAGAUCUACUCUGAGAUUGACCUUAAAACUCUGGAAAACAUUUUCCGUUCCGACGACGGGGAGACAAAGAUUCCCCUCAUCCAGCAGCGUUUGGAAUCGCUGCACGAAGUGGGAAAAGUUCUGCUGGAGAAGUACGACGGACACUUUGAGAAUGUGAUCAAGGCGGCGGACAAGUCGGCAGUGCGCCUGCUGGAGCUGAUUGUAGAGGAGUUUCCCUGCUUCCGGGACCAGGCCGAGUUCGCUGGGAAGCGGGUUUCCAUCCUGAAGCGGGCUCAGAUCCUGGUGGGCGAUAUAUGGUGCUGCUACAGCGCCAAGGGUCUUGGCUUCUUCCACGACAUCGACAAGAUAACGAUGUUUGCCGACUACCGCAUUCCCCAGGUGCUGGUGCACUUUGGCAGCCUGGAGUACACCCAGGAAUUGAUGGACUUCCUCAAGACGGACACCAUCUUGGAGAACGGCGAUCCCAGGGAGGUGGAGAUACGCGGCGCAUCUAUCCACAUCAUUGAGGAAGUCCGGGAUGCGGUGGUAAAGCUGCUAAAGGAGCAGCACCCGGAGAUCUCCCUGGACAACGUCAACUCUGUGGUGAUUGACCAGUAUCUGUGGGACUACCGGCGCAAGCACAACGCCGACUUGGAGCACAUUCCUUUCCACAAGGUGCUGAGCAUCUACUACUAAACCGAAGAACAUAAAUAAAGACUCGCUCAG